AGGGCUGCGGCUCCGCCCCGCCCCUCCUGCCCUGGCCGGCCCGGUGCUGCCGGGGAGCCCAGCCUGCUGGUACCGACGCCGGGACGCAGCGGCUGAGAGAGCAGGCCCCGCCCGAGGAGCCCAGCAUGUGUUAAAAUGCACAUUUUAAAUAACAUCCAUCUUUGGAGUACCCUGCUCUGCAAACUUGGAUCAUGAAGGUAAUGGGAAGAAUUUGGUUUUGCAUCUUGAUUUCACUAUUUCAUUUGAUGGUGUAUGCUGCAGAACAUGAAGAUGUAGCAAAACAUGCAAUAAAGUUGCAUCGUGGGAAGGGAGCAGCUAUUACUCAGAGAAAACAGUGGGUUCUAGACAAUUGUAGAAAACUGUCUGGUCUUCUUCGACAGAAGAAUGUGGUUCUUAACAAGCUAAAAAAUGCAAUAAGAGCAGUGGAAAAGAAUUCUGGACUGUCCGAUGAAGAGAAACUCUUUCAGGUGCACACCUUUGAAAUUUUCCAAAAGGAAUUGAAUGAAAGUGAGAAUUCAGUCUUUCAAGCUAUCCAUGGACUCCAAAGAGCCCUGCAAGGCGAUUAUAAAGAUGUUGUGAACAUGAAAGAAAGUAGUAGACAGCGACUGGAAGCUUUGAGGGAAGCUGCGAUAAAGGAAGAAACAGAAUAUGUUGAGCUUCUGGCCGCAGAAAAACAUCAAGUUGAAGCACUUAAAAAUAUGCAACAUCAGAACAAAAGUCUGUCCAUGCUUGAUGAAAUUCUUGAAGAUGUCAGAAAGGCAGCAGAUCGUUUAGAGGAAGAAAUAGAGGAACAUGCUUUUGAUGACAAUAAGUCAGUAAGAGGGGUCAAUUUUGAGGCAGUUUUGAGAGUAGAAGAGGAGGCCAAUUCUAAAAGAAAUGUUUCAAAACAUGAAGUAGAAGAUAAUUUGGGUCUUAGUAUGCUAAUUGACUCCCAAAACAAUCAGUAUAUAUUGACUAAGCCCAGAGAUUCAACAAUCCCUCGAGCAGAUCACCACUUUAUAAAGGACAUUGUUACUAUAGGAAUGUUAUCUUUACCAUGUGGUUGGCUGUGUACAAUGAUAGGAUUGCCAACAAUGUUUGGUUACGUUAUUUGUGGUGUACUACUGGGACCCUCGGGACUAAAUAGUAUUAAGUCUAUUGUGCAGGUGGAGACAUUAGGAGAAUUUGGUGUGUUCUUUACUCUAUUUCUUGUUGGCUUGGAGUUUUCCCCAGAAAAGUUGAGAAAGGUAUGGAAGAUCGCCUUGCAAGGCUCAUGCUAUAUGACAUUCCUAAUGGUUUCAUUUGGCUUAUUGUGGGGACACUUUUUACAAAUCAGACCAACACAAAGUGUUUUUAUUUCUACUUGUUUAUCCUUAUCAAGCACACCCUUGGUGUCCAGGUUCCUUGUUGGUAGUACCCGAGGUGAGAAAGAAGGUGAAAUUGACUACAGCAGUGUGCUUCUUGGAAUGCUAGUAAUGCAAGAUGUACAGCUUGGAUUAUUCAUAGCUGUUAUGCCAACUCUCAUACAAGCAGGAGUUAAUACAUAUUCCAGCAUUUUCCUGGAAAUACUGAGAAUAAUGAUACUGAUUGGUCAAAUCCUCGUUUCUCUGGUUACUGUUUUUCUUAUAUGUCUCGUUAUAAAGACUUAUCUUAUAGGCCCAUAUUAUCGAAAGCUGCAUAUGGAGAGCAAAGGAAAUAAAGAAAUUCUUGUUUUAGGAAUAUCAGCCUUCAUCUUUCUAAUGUUAACGAUUACAGAGCUUCUUGAUGUUUCAAUGGAAUUGGGGUGCUUUUUGGCUGGAGCAUUGAUUUCUUCUCAAGGUCAUAUGGUUACUGAAGAAAUUGUGUCCUAUGUUGAACCUAUACGGGACUUUUUGGCCAUCAUUUUCUUUGCAUCUAUAGGUCUCCAUGUUUUUCCCACUUUUGUAAUAUAUGAACUCACUGUUUUGAUGUUCCUUACCUUGUCAGUGGUAAUAAUGAAGUUUGUUUUGGCAGUGCUUGUCUUAUCCCUUAUUCUGCCAAAGAGCGGUCAGUACAUCAAAUGGAUUGUCUCAGCUGGACUGGCACAAGUCAGUGAGUUUUCUUUUGUUCUGGGAAGUAGAGCACGAAGAGCAGGAAUCAUCUCUCGAGAGGUCUACCUUCUUAUAUUGAGUGUAACUACUCUAAGUCUUUUGCUUGCCCCAGCAUUAUGGAAAGCUGCCAUUAUGAAAUGUUUGCCAAGACCAGAAAGACGACUAAGUACCUGAAAACAAAAGUAUUCAUCUCAGAAUAAUACAUUAUUUUGCAAAAAUAACAAAUCCCAAAUCUCUUUGCAGGAAUUUGUGAUGUACCUUCUUAUGCGCCUUACAUAUAUUUUAAAGUACUACAGACUAUAUUAAAUUAUUAGCAUUUUGAUGUUUGCACAGCUUCCUAAAUGUGCUUUGUUAUGUUUUAGAAUCUUCCAAAAUAACUCAUUUAGAUUCAAUUAUGCACAGUAGAAUUGCUUUGAAAAUAAUGCAUCAUGCAAAUCGCCUUGACUAUUUUGCCUGGAUGUGCCUUUUCCCCAAGUUUAUUCCCAUCUUCUCUUGUUAAUUGAUCUAUUUAUUUACCUUUUUUUGGUAGAAAACAAAAAUCAAAAUAUUUCUUAUUUAAUGGUGCCUGUGGUACCCUGUUAAAAUAACCAAACUUACCUGUGUAAUUUUUAGAUUUGUCAUCUGUAGGUCAAGUAUUUAUCAUUAAAACAUGUGGUAUGAAUGUCUUAUUUCAUGCAGAUUUUGGCAGCUUAAUUUUAAUGUUUAAAAUGCUCAAAACUUGUGUUCUAAAAUGAGGUGACUAUCUCAUAGUGCCUGUUUGCUUUUCAUUAUACCUCUUUUAAAUACUCAUUUUAAUGUUACUGCAUUCUUUUUAAAAAUGUGUUCAUGCUUUCACUUGUCUAUUGUGACUACAUUCUUCAGUAAAAAUGAUCAUUGAUCAGGGUACAAUAUUCUUGAACCUCUGAUUUUUUUAAAAUCUUGAUUUACAAAUUAAAUUUUGAUGCUGAGUAAAUCUACAUACUCUUUUAUUAAUUUAAAUAAUUUGUUUACAUAUGUAAAAAAAUUCACCCUAAGAGGUCAGAUUAAAUAGCUUUGCUUUUUAGUAUGUCCAAGUUCUAGUACAGGAAAAAUUUCUUCUUUACGUUCUAUUUUAAGAAGUCACAUUUAAGAAAAUCUGAACGUACAAAUUGACAAACUAUGUGGUUAUACUCUUAUUGCAAGAAAAUAUUUAGUUUACAAAAUGGUUUAUCUCUUUUAAAUGGGAGCUGUUCUACAGCUUGGCAAAGCUAAUUGCAAAUGAGGGUCUCAAUUGUAUAGCAGAAAAUAUAUAUAUAAAUUGUAUUAGUAGCCAACACUAAUUCAAAAUUAACAGCAACAGAAAUGAAAACAUCUUAUGUUAUUUGUCAACAAGACAGACUAAAUUUAUCAGAAUUUUAAAAUUCAUAGGAAUAUAUAAUUGAGAGAUGUGUAUAUUUCAGAAAGUGAAUUGCAUCUAUACUUGUUUACAAUAAACUUGACAAACAUUCCAACAAUUACCCUAUUGUUUGGUACCAUUUUACUCCUUUCAUGUUUCUGGUAUAUUAAAGCAACAUGUGAGUAAUACAAAUGGGACUAGUUUUACCUACAGUUAUGAAGCUAUUCUCUGGAAACAUUGGCCAAUGUCAUACCAGUUUGAAAAGAAUACUUAAAUGAGAAGUCCUAUAAAGAAUGUCAUGUUAAUACACAUUUAAUAAUAUAUGUUAAUUACCUCCUGAAACUUUUUGAUACGCAAAAAUACUUUAAAGGGAAGUUAAAUGAAUGAGUAAUAUGAGCUAUUGUGAUAUUUGAGAAACCUAAGAUUUUAGCAGCCUUGCAGAUUGCUAGAACCAGUAGAAAUUUAUGGCUCACCAAUUUUUAAAAAUAAUACUCUACUUUAUUUUAGGCAAUAGCCUAAAGAUUAUAAAAAGUACCUUUCAUAUUUUGGGAAAGCAAAAUAUUUUAAAUGCAUUAGGGACUCUUGCCCUUAAAAGGAAUUGUAUUCCUUUUGAAGAAUUAUUUUCAAGAGUGAAUAGCUAGUACUGAUUUUUUAAAAUUCAGACUUGUAUAUAUUGUUUGCUUAUAGUUAGCCACCCUUUUCUUCUCAUCCCAAUUAGAAUUAGUAUAACUUAACAGUUUUUGCAAAAGUGACAAGAAUUUUUUGAGUUUUAGCUACCAAAUGGAAUUACAACAUAGAAAUAUUGAAGUACUUUAAUAAUUUUACAGUGUUAAUUUUGUACAAAUUUGGAUCUGCUUUCACAGUCUGUGAAAGCCACUUUAAUAUAAGUGAAAAGGUGACAUCAGAAUCUUCAUUUUUUAAAUAUUUUUUUGUGUUAAUUUAGUGUUAAUUUAUUUAAAAGGCAAAGCUUUGCAGUGGUCUAUUUUUUAAUUUGUUCUAGAAUGAAUAUGCUAGUAGAAUUUAGGUUUUGCUUAGACUGACAAAUUUAGAUGACCCCUUUUGAGACAGCAAAGAAUUCAGUUUUCAUUAAAGCAAUUUAUUAAAAUUUUAGUGGCACUAUUAUUUUUAUUUAAAUAUCUUUGUGCAGAAGGGUUUUUAGAAAUAUAAGUUAUUUUUGUGUAUACUAUAGGAUUUCUUGUUAAAGAACUCUAAAAUAUAAAUACUAUCUGAGGCAAGGGUUGUUCAUGUAAUAAAUUUGUUUUUAAAAAAUCUCGAAAAUA